GACAGGGCGGCUCUGUGGAGAAGCAGCUGCUGCUGCUGUUGCUGAGGGGAAGGUUGGGGAAGGCAAAGAAGUGCGGCAUGAGUGGGAAAGAGCCGCUGCUGGCAGCCCUGAAAGGGUGCAUUCGCAGUCUUCAGGAAGGCACUAGCUCUUGUACAGACACUUCCCCACAUCUACAUUCCUUUUGUGAGAUCCUGGAAAUGAUCCUUCGGAAAGGAAUAAAGCAGCCAGUUCUGGGUUUCAAGAGGAGGGACUACUGGCACUGGAUAGAACAACUCCCUCAUCAGGGGAUCCAUUGCAGCACGAUCCUUCUGUCGAUCAUGAUUGAGAAAACAAAUUCUUCUGAGAAGGUGCUCACAGCGCAAGGCCGAGGGCGGUACUUCCUACGUCAGGCUUUGAAUGGGAAGUUACUAGCUGUGGUUUUUCAGCAGCUAGUCAGAGCUCCCAGGUUGCUUGAGUGGUAUGAUCCAGUGACCUCCAUCUUGGGUAAUGAAGACUUCUUGGAGCCUUUCCUGUCUUUGAUGCUGGUGGUGACAGAAAUGAGUUUCUCGCUUGAUGUGCAGAAUUCCAGUUUCUUAGAUGAAAGCUGGCAGCUUCCGGUGUGCCUGACCUAUGAAACUGUCCCCUGCAAAGAGCUAGGAAUGGUGCUCAGAUACCUGGAUGGACGGGUUUUCAUCAUAGACCUGCUUCCACAGAGCCAAGCAGAAGUGGAUGAGGUUGUGCUGAUUGGAGACGUCAUCGAUGAGAUAAAUGGAUUUUCACUGAGGAAUGCAUACAAUGGACAGGCUGGAAAUGUGCUCCAGAAGCUGAAGGGCAAGCCACUGAGCUUCCACCUAAUUCGGUGGAAAGGGCAUGACGGAGGAAUGUACAAGCCACUGCUGCCCUACCUGAAGGUUCUCAGGGAGAAAAUCCCCAACUUCCGAUUCCAGCAUGAGCACAGACGCAAAAAAGAGAACGAGGGGCGGUGUCUGCAGGGAGGCAGGUUACUAUACAAUUUGCAGUACUUAGGCCGAGUCAAUGUAGGAAAGAACGGAGGCAAAGAAAUGUUAGAUGAAGGCAUCCCAAUGGUUUUAGAAAAAUGUUUAGCACCACAGGAGGUUUUAUUUGAUGUGAAAGAAACAGAAGUCCUUGUACAACAGAAAAUUUCUUCAAAGCAGGUCCUGUUCCAUUACUCUUACACUGAAGUCUCCUGUGUUGGACGGCGUCUGGACAGCCACAAUCUCUUUGCUUUCUGUAUUGUGGCUUCACCAGGGUCUCCAGAACAUAGCAGCUUUGACUGUCUUGUAUUUCAAUCAAAUUCUGAAGAAGAAAGUGAGGAAAUUAUUAGAAGAAUUGCUGUUGGAUUUAAACACACAGAAUGGUUUGUGUGAUGGAGACAGAAUGGCUUUGCUUCUGGAAGUGACCUACUUUUUGGAACCUCACUGGUUUG